UAAAAAUCCUUCAUUCCCAGUCCAGCAUGAUUGAUUUAUUUUUCUAAGUUGCAAAUAUUUGGGACUGUAAAAUUCCUUUACCUGAUGUCUUUAUUCGACACUGCAGUGUUUAAUUCCACCCUUUACGAGGCAUUGUACCUUCAAAUAAGUGAUACAUUAACAUUAGCUCUAGAAUUUAUAGAAUCUUGUGUUACUGCUUUGCCCAUUGAAAAUCUUCCUAAUACUGUUGUAAACCUAUCAGAAUUAUCUUUUUACGAGGAAAUAGCUAGUGUUUUAUAUUUUAAUGAGUUUCAGUUCUUACUGUUAAAAACUUUUUUCUUAAUACUUCUUUUCACUCUUCUAUUGAUUUUUAUUUCGUGGCGAGUUUACGGAAAACGAAUAUCAGAACGGUUUAUGAAACCGGCAACCUCAGCUACAAUUGAACAAUUAAAAGAAAGUGUUUCUAAAUUGAAGUUACCUAAAGAACACACUCCACGAAUAUAAACCAGUAUGGCAGAGAAGUUCAAGAAAUUCUUUCAAAAAAAGAAGGCAGAUGCGAAGUUCAAACUUGCAGGCCCUGGGUACAAGCUAAGUGAAUCAAAUAUAAGUAGUCAGAGUUCUAAUAGUUCAAAGAAAGAUGUUCCUGUGGUGCCCAGAGCUGGUUUGUCAGAAGAGAGUAAGAUUGCAGCAGAAGCUGCUUUAGCUAGAUUACAAAAGAAGAGAGAGAAUCCAGCAUUUAAUACUUCUUUAGCUGCUAUCCAGGCACAAGUAAAGAAAGAAAUGGAGAAUGAAAGGGUAGCUACAACUUCCACUGCAGCUUCUUCAUCAGCUAAUACUGAACAAGAAAAAUCCGAGACUCAGUUGGAUUUGCCGAAGAACUAUGCUGCAAGUGGAGUAUUCUUCAAGUGUCCUCUAAUAAGUAAUGACAUUCUACCUCGUGAUGAAUGGAAAUUGAACAUAAAGAAGUUCCUUUAUGAGCAACUAGUGGAAGAAAGGGGACUAACUGCUUGUCUCUUGAUACAGUCAUGUAACAAUAACAGAGAGAAGGUUGAUACUUGCGUAGAAACACUUUGCAAAUAUCUAGAAAACAUCAUUAAUCACCCAGACGAUGAAAAAUAUCAGAAAAUAAGAAUGAGUAACAGGGCAUUCUGUGAACGUGUUCAACCAAUAGAAGGUGCAAUGGACCUUUUGAUAGCAGCUGGAUUCACAGAAACGAAAUUAAAGAAUCCAGAAGGAGUUGAUGAAGACUAUCUAGUUUUCAACAAAGACAAUGUUGAAUCAAUUGAAAGUCUGGUAACACUAAUAGAUGCUCUUCGUACUGCGGAGCCGAUUCAACUAGAAUUAGACAGAAACCUACAAGUAUUAUUGCCUUCACAAGCUGCGGCUAAAGUCCAACUACCCGCAUCUUUCUACGCACUCACGCCGGAGGAGAUGAAGAGAGAGGCACAAUUAAGGGCUGAAGCAAUAGAAAAGAGUCAGAUGCUACGAACAAAAGCAAUGAGAGAAAAGGACGAGCUGAGGGAAAUGCGCAAAUACAAGUUUGCCAUCAUUAGGAUACGUUUCCCUGACGGUAUAUUGCUACAGGGAACGUUCUCGGUAUACGAAAGAUAUUUAGAAAUCCACGAAUUCGUCCGAGAGAACCUCGAGCACAGCGAUCUACCUUUCGUUCUCAACACUCCAACAGGACACAAGUUGAUACUAGACGAAGACGCGGAUAAAACCCUUAUUGGUCUUAAACUAGUACCAGCGACAGUGCUCACAUUCGCUUGGCACCCGUCCGUGGCAGAAGAGAUCAAUAAAAGUCCUAAUAAAGACGUUUUCUUGAAGCCGGAAGUCAUGAUAUUAGUGCAGGAAGUUUAAAACUGACUUAUUAAUUGUAUAGAAACGGCGGGUGCUUCUAAUACUGUAUUAAACUGUUUGACGGUAAGUAUAUUUUUGGAUUGGAGAGGCAUAUAGUUAUGAACUUAAUUCGAAAUCUAUAGAACACAUGCUGUCCUUUUCUUGCAGCGGCAAUUUUGAAUCGCACCUUCAUUUCUAAAUGUUAAAGUUAUUUAGACUGUUUAGUUUAACAAAGUAAUGCAACAGUAUACUUACAUGUAAGCUGCGAAAAACAAUAGGAAAUAUUUAAAAUAUCAUUAUAGAUACGGGCGUAUUCAGGGUAUGAAACAGAAUCGACUUUUAGCGUCAACAGCAAACCGACCUCAGUACGCCCAUGUUUAUAAAAUUCAAUAAUAAUUAAAGAAUAUUUAAACGAUAUAAUUAAACGAUCAGAUGUCUUCAUAAGUUAAAUAUUUACUUUGUUACUUAUGCCACGUUCGCACGCUUGCCACUUUUAAGUUAAAAC